AUGGCACCUUUUACUUCACGUUCUCAAUAUACCCAUUCGACGCGCGAUCAUUUUAGAGAGCCUCCUUCGGUUUUUAGGAGGUUGUUGUUGGCGCUGCCGACGGAUUUGGCGCCUCCAAAUACUACACCGCAUCAUUUAAUAUUUUUGGCAGAUCCUCAACUUACGGAUCCGCAUUCGUAUCCAGAUCGUCCAUGGCCUUUGUCAACAUUUACAAUAUGGCAUACGGAUAAUUAUAUGAAGAGAUCUUAUAUACAACUUUCGAAGCAAUUACAUCCAGAUACUGUAUUUUUCUUGGGAGAUUUAUUUGAUGGUGGAAGAGAAUGGAAGACGGCGCAUGGAAAUUCAGAAGACCCAGCAUGGGCAAAAGGACGUCGCCCAGCAAAAGAGCAGAAGCAUGUUGAGAGUUGGGGAAGAAGAUAUGGAGAGGACUAUUGGCUGCAGGAAUAUGGUCGCUUCUCUAGGAUAUUCUCGGACAACUGGAAUUUGGGAGGACCAGAAGCUGGAGUUGGGCAAAGGGGACGAAAGCUAAUUGCUAGUUUACCGGGAAAUCAUGAUUUGGGGUUCGGUGCACAAAUCAAGGUUCCUAUUCGUGACCGAUUUGAGGUCUACUUUGGAGAUGUAAACAGAGUGGAUGUUAUUGCGAAUCAUACAUUUGUUUCUGUGGAUGCGGUAUCAUUGAGUGCUGGAGCAUCAGAUCGUCCAGUCAGUGAAACUGCACCCAUCACCAAACCAGUCGAGGACUUUUUGAACAAUGUUCAAAUUACCAAACGAAAGGCCGUGGCUAGAGAAUUGGAUUUUCAGGCUGGAAAGGAAAGGGUUUUGCAAUAUUCUCAUUCCGUUCAAGAUGCGGAAUUGGCCGAUUACGAACAUUUACCAACUCUUGACCCUGGACCAAAUGGUGCUGAAUUUCCUACUAUCCUUCUUACUCAUGUGCCCUUAUAUCGAAAUCCUGGGACUCCAUGUGGCCCUCUUCGAGAACAUUGGCCGCCAACCCCUCCACCAAAAGGUCAAACUACCCCGGUUAUCCCUGAUCAUAGAAACGCCAUUAGUGUAUCCCGAGGCUACCAAUAUCAAAACGUCCUUAGUGAUGAUGACUCUAGAAAACUCAUCUCAAAAAUCGGUAAUGUCGUUUCUGUCUUCUCAGGUGACGAUCACGAUUACUGCGAGCUAGUACAUCCAGAAGAUAAAAACCAUGCACGCGAAAUAACAGUCAAGAGUAUGAACUGGGCAAUGGGAAUUCGUAAACCCGGUUUCCUCAUGCUGAGUAUGUGGAAUCUAGUGGGGGCAGAUGGAAAACCAUUACAUUCAAUACCUACAGGUCAUGGUGCCGAGAAUACGCAUACUUCAAAUACCAUGGAAUCCCAUCUUUGUCUUUUACCCGACCAAAUAGGUAUUCUCAUAAACUAUGGAAUCCUAGUCGGAAUAUCCCUCAUCCUCCUCAUCAUUCGAGCAAUUCUCGUCCCUUUUACAAACCUCAUCCCAUUCGCUUCUUCACCCCCCUCAAAGAGUCCUACCUUCGAAUCCGAAUUCUCGCUCCUCCCAACCAGCAUUAAAGAUCUCAAACGCAGCGAAGAAGAAAAAGAUCGUUUUAGUAAUUCUUCAACUUCUUCUACAUCCACGGUAAACAGUUCCGCAACUCGUACAUCUAGAACACGCACCUCGAGUCCGGCAAAUGGUUACGGUCUCCCGGCAAAUUCUCACGGUAUCCCAUAUCAACAACAACAACCAUUAAUAGAAAAAGCGGGAUAUUAUGGUGGAUUAGAAGGAAGAUUAAGGUGGGAGAGUGAGAGGGAAUUUGAGAGGGAAAUGGAGUUGGAGAGGAAAAGGAAACAGGAAUUGGAAAGGAGGAAAAAUUAUAGACCUUGGAAAAUAGUGGUUUGGUGGGGAAGAUUCAGGGGGACGGUGCCCGGACGUAUGCUGAGGGAAGUGGGUGCAAGUGUUUGGAGGGUGCUGUGGGUUGUUGGGGGUGUAUUUCUAUGGUUUACUUGGUUUGGGUAG